GGGUGGAGGGGGGCCAUGGAGCUGGGCAGCCACUUCCAGACCUUUGAGGACUUCAAGGAGUGCUUCAGCGCUUACAAGAGGGAGAACAAGUGCACCUUCGGGCUGAGGGACUGCAUCUCCGUCCGAUUCCACAACCUCAACCAUGGCACUUCCAUCCGUGAGGAUAUCACGUAUAUGCAGGUGAAAUUUGUCUGUACCCGGACCCAGUCAUACAGAAAACAGAAGCUUGAACCCAACAUGUGUCCAGCAUACCUAGUCUUACAGUAUGAUGAGGAAUUGGACAGACUGUUUAUCAGUGAAUUGAAUACCCAGCACAUCCAUGUUGAAACCAGAACUGCUACCAGCCCUCGAGCUGGCUCCUCUCCUGCCCAGAGAGCCUCCGAACUAUGUCAGAACUCCCAGACUGUGGAUACUGAUGUUUCUGGUAAAUGUCAGUCAGAACUCUGGGGGAUGGAACCCCAGCAUGGGAAGAUCACCUCUACAGACAGUGAGAUGGCAAAGAAAUCCUUAGCUGAACCCUCCUCUUUCCCCCAUGAGGGCCCUGAUCUUCCUGAAUUGAGGCAAGAAGGUAUCACUCCUUUGGAUCUGGCCCACGUGGCAGAAGUGAUGAAGAAUUUCCUAAAGGCAGAUGUAGGCUCCAUGGCCUCUCUCAGUGUAGGCAGUAACCAAGACCUUGACCGAUUCAGCUUCCAGAGCAGCAAGAUGCGGGACCUUUUUGUUCGCUUCCCAGAGAAUCUCCUGCUCCAUCGGGUUGAAAAUGCACAGGGUCAUGUGCUUUAUGCCCUCCUGGUGGAAAGCAAGGAGCGGGAGGGAAGGGUGGUACACUUUGCAGUGCUCAGGGAAGAGACAACUUCCUCAGUGGCCAAGAUGCUGAGUGUAUUCACUGAGUUCAAUUCUGAUUGGUCCAAGGUCAGGGUCAUCUUUGUGGAACCAUCUUUCCAGCACCGGGAUGUCCUGCAGGAGCUGUUCCCUUUAGCCCGGGUGCUGCUUUCCAUCUACCACACCACCCGACUCCUAGAGAAGAAGUUGCAAAGGAGCCGAGCCAGUCAGUCCUUCAAGCUCCUGAUGAAGGAGGCUUUGAGGGAAGCCAUAUUUGUUGCCUCAGGCCCUGGCCUACAGAAACUCUCAAAGAUGGCAGAGAACCUCCUGGACAAGGACCUCUAUAGCUACCUGCAGAUCCAUUGGUUCUCUUGUGAGCUGCUUUGGUAUAUGCAUGCCAGGAAGGGUCUUCAUGCCUGUAGCACCUACAUGGACAGCCUUGACUUGGUUACCAGUAAAGUAUCUAAUCUUUUCCGGGAACAGCAGUCCCUGGUGGGCUGCAUUUUGCGAUUUGUGGAUUAUGUUGACUUUUUCAAUACCAAACGACCGAAGAACCAGCCUCAGCCCCACCCUAGUGGGGAGAAAGCUAAGCCAAGGGGUUAUGUUCCUUUGAGACCCAAGGGAGCCACAGAUGAUUAUGUAUCAAACUCAUCUAAGAAGUCCAAGCUCCCUAACCCAAAUGUCCCCUCAUAUCCUCCACAGCAGCCACAGCAGAAGCCACAGAUGGAACAGCAACAGGUCUCUUGGGGUGAUAUGCUGGAGGCUUUGCACAGGGAGGGCUCUGAGUUUGCCUACCAGCUCUGCUGUAAUGAGUGGGAGGUUGUACAGAACUCUACUCAGCUGGUGGACGUGGCAGGCUGCACAGCAGAGGUGCAGCUGCUGGAAGAUUCCCACCAGGUUAGCAAAGAUGGGCGCACUUGUAGCUGCUCCUUCCAGCAGCGGUACCACCUCCCCUGCCGCCACAUUCUCUCGAUGCUCUACACCAACAAGGAGCCUGUGAGGGAAUCCAUGGUGUGCAGGCGGUGGCAGAAACGUUACCAGCACCUACUUGGGCCCCAGGGCCAGCUGCAAGACCCUGUCAAGGACUUGAGCAUCAACCAGGCUUGGGAAGAGGGCAGAGGGGAUGUCAUCCAGAGUCUUAGCAGGGAACUGGCCAACCUGCUGAUGCAGAGUGAAGGGGCAGAGCUUGAGGAACGCUGUUCCACUUUGGGGAAGAUUGUGGACAUCUGGGCUGAGCCCUGUGAGCUCACAGAGAUGGAUCAGCAGCUGGGAGACUAUAGCGAUGUGGGCCAUCUACCUUUCCUCUGGGUAAAGCAAGAGGAAGCUGAGGUACUCCCCCAUUCUGGGACCACAAUACUCCUAGAUUGAGGCACUCAGUAAAGCCAAAGACCUUUCUAAAAAGCAGAAUAGGAGUGGGAUUAACAUGGACCAAUGCCCUUCCUUUCUUGGGUUGUUUGGUUUGGUUCAUCCCCAUCUUAGCCCUGGUCAGGCUAAUAACGAAUUAAGGGAUGAGAUGACAGUCUUGUCUUCAGUGAAUCAGAACCACUGAUGUCUGUACCCUUAUUCUAGUGACUAGAAGUUGGGCUGGCUCUCAGGAUUAGGAAAGGGCUCAAAUACCCCGUUCCUUUUCUUGGCAUCCUUCUCAUCCCAAAGGUUGAAUGUUUUGGAACAAAGUUGUGUUUGUGUUGAAGGAUCUCAUACAUGGGUCAGAUUCUACCCACUCCAAGGCUGAAACUCCCCUUCUCCAGAAUAGAUUGAACCAGGAUCUAGAGGAAAGAAGAGAGAAAAGGUAGUUUCUGAAUGUUGCUGCUAUACACAGAGAUUCUGUCACUAUAUUUGUCUUAUUUGCAAUAUUAAUA